AUGGGUCUGCUCGAUAAAAUUCUCCUCCUCUUCGGCGUCAAAAAGCCUGAAGCCAAGGUCGUCUGCGUCGGCCUCGACAACUCCGGCAAAACAACAAUUAUAAACCGCCUCAAGCCGCCAAAAACGAAGCAGAGGUCUGAAGAAAUCGUCCCUACAGUCGGCUUUGUCUCCGAAAAGUUCCAAGCUGGCGGACUGGAGUUUACAGUUUGGGACUUUUCUGGACAAGGGCGGUAUCGGAACAUGUGGGAAAUGUACUACAAGGACGCCCAGGCGGUGAUCUUUGUAAUCGAUUCUGCUGAUAGGUUGAGGAUGGCAGUUGCAAAAGAUGAGCUUGAGGGAAUUCUCAAGGACAGCUCGAUACAAAAGAACAACGCAGUCUUUCUCUUCUUCGCGAAUAAAAUGGACCUGGCAGACUCGUGUUCAGAAGUUGAAAUAACCCAGCUGCUGGAUCUUCCGAAACUGCUACGAGGAAAAACAUAUAACAUCGUUUCGUCGAAUGCGAUAGAAGAAGAUAUCAAUAAGACGGGCAUUAUCGAAGGCAUCGCAUGGCUAGCCGGACACGUGAAAGAUCGCGACUCCAAAUAG